UGAUGCUUUGAUUCUCAGGUAGGUCUGCAGCUAUUGGACUUGUUAACAGGGUGGGGCUGUAGACACUGAGUAUCAGGUGCAGGGCUGGCAUUGGAUAUACCUGUGUGGGUGGGGCUUUAGAUACUAAAUACCUGGAGCUAAGAUGGUAUUGGGUGCCUGUGUACUAGGGGUGUGAGUUUCUGGGAGGGUUGGACAGCUCUCUUUGCUAUAUAGCUCAGAUUAGUGCAAUUGGUUACUUGUGGGGGAGCUCGUGGUCAUUGGGGGUGUUUGGUCAGAAUCAGCAUGUUUUGGGAUUGGAUCUCUCCUUAUUCCUGGGCUUUCAGCUGCCAAAGGAUGCUGAGAUCUUACUGCAGUAUGAAAUACUUCCUUAUCCUGAUCUCGUGUACAAUCGUUGUGUUUUUGGCCUCCAUGCGCUGGCAGAGGCCAGCUGAAAAUCAGAUCAAGGGAGAGAUUUCAGAGGCUCGGUCUGACCUGAAACUUCUAUCACCAGAAAAAUACAAGUCCUUGUUUAUCUACAAUGGAAUUUGGCUAGCUCCAAAGAAUCGGUGCGAGUGCGCCAAAGCCGACCAUGUGCAUGUCUACCAGAUGGAAGAUUAUAUCGAUAAGAAAGACCUUGCCUCAAUUAAAGAGAGGCGACAGAAGGAGUUUGAGCACUAUCAGAAAAGAUACCCCUCGAUGACUCAAGAUUUAAUAAUAGCCAAACCAAACAUGCCAUUAAGCUAUCCUAUUCAAGGAGUAGAGGUGAUGCCGCUACACACGAUUAUGAUUCCAGGGCUUGGUUUGCAUGGAGUGACUGAAGAAAAGUACAAGGUGAUCCUGCGAGCAUCUCUGGGAACCCUCAGUACGCUUGCUAAUGUCUCUGAUGAUGUUGUGAGAGGACGGGGCAAGAAAGAGCUGCUCAUCUUGACCUCAGAUGUGGAGCUGCUGAAUUUCAUCCUUGAGCAUGUCACAUACACCAGUGUGGUCUACCAGCUCACUGCAGUAGAUAUGAUGAGUUUUGAGAGCAGAGAUCAUGUCGCUCAGUUUCCUGUGAUCAUCCGACAGCCCAGCCUUCCAAAGCUAAUUGAUCCUGGAGCAGAUAGGAAGAUCAGCUCCCUGGUGACUAUCACGACGAAGACUUUCUUGCGCUAUCACAAACUUCGGCGCCUCAUCAAGAGCAUCCGACAGUACUACCCUGACAUAAAAAUCAUCGUUGCCGAUGACAGCGAAGUCCCGGAGAAGAUCAUCGAAGAGAAUGUUGAGCAUUACAUCAUGCCUUUUGGAAAGGGUUGGUUUGCAGGAAGGAAUCUUGCAAUAUCUCAAGUCACAACCAAGUACUAUCUCUGGGUCGACGAUGACUACUUAUUCACCGAAAACACCAAAAUUGAGAAGCUAUUGGACGUGCUGGAGAGAACAAACUUGGAUAUGGUUGGAGGCAGCGUGAAUGGGAACACCUACAGUUUUCAGCUGCUGUAUGAGCAGGGUGACGACAGCGGCUGUCUGCAUUUGAGAUACGGCUCCUUCCACAAGUUGGAAGGGUUCCCUAAUUGCGUGGUCACCAGUGGUGUGGUCAACUUCUACCUGGCUCAUACAGACAAAAGCAGACACGUCGGCUACGACCCUCUUCUGCAAAGAGUAGCUCACUCAGAAUUUUUCAUGGAUGGAGUGGGCAUCUUGCUUGUCGGUUCCUGCAGUCAUGUUUCGAUUGGUCACCAAGCACAUAAUCCCUCAUCUGAGCCCAACCUGACUAAGGUAGAAGACCAGUAUAAAAGGUUCCGGACCAACACCCAAGCACAGGUCCAAUUUAAACUAUCUUUGCACUACUUCAAAAACCAACUGAAAUGCUACUCAACAAGAUAACCCUUUUACCCUGCCGUUUGCAAUUUCUAUGGUAAACUCCCUGAUACCCAUGGCAGGCGUACGCUCUGGGCUUCAGCCUAAUUGCCUUAUUUGUGCCACACUGGAUGCCCUCCUUUUGCACCUACCUUUCUAUAAACUUUUUAAUGGGCUGAAUUUGGGAUUCUAGAAUCGCUUGGCCCAAACUUUAAAUGGACAAUGCAGUCGUGUGUUAUCUGCACUUGGGUCCUGCUACAAGCCUUGCAAUGUUGUUUCCUCAUAGGGUGAGGCAGCUUGGCUACUACUGAGCAAGAUUCUUCGUGGUCCUGCACUGUGUCCUUUCCAGCCAGUGCAGAGUGAAGGUGGGUGGGGCGGAAUUCCUACUGGUUUGAUCAGGUAG